CCUUUAAAAAGAUGUAGACGGGUUAUUGGGUUUUUUUGUACUUUUGCAAACCUUGACAUGUUUUAUAAAGUGCCAACUCACUGUAGAUGGACGCUCUGCUGCUUGCUGACUUGUUUAGGUGAGCAGUAAAGAUGGAGUCCAGCGAGGAGGGGGGCCUCAGUGUGGGCGGCUCUGUGGGCGAGGAGAACUACUUUCUUGGAUACACCUUCACCGACCGCUCCCACUCCAGCCGGGUGGUGAAGAGCAUCAUGGACCUGUGUGUGGGGGACAGCCUGUUCGCUGACGUCACCAUCAACGUGGACAGCAAAGAGUUUCAGCUGCACCGGCUCGUGCUGUCGGCACAGAGCAGUUUCUUCCGCUCCAUGUUCACCUCCAACCUCAAAGAGUCCCACAACCGCUCCAUUGAGCUGAAGGAUGUCAGCGCCACUGUCUUUCAGCUGCUGGUCGACUACAUCUACCACGGCACGAUUAAACUGAGAGUGGAGGAGCUCCAGGACACCUAUGAGAUGUCAGACAUGUACCAGCUGACUGCUCUGUUUGAGGAAUGCUCCCGCUUCCUCUCGCGGACAGUAGAAGUCAACAACUGCCUGCAGGUGAUGUGGCUUGCAGACAGACACAGUGACCAGGAGUUGUACACCGCAGCUAAGCAUUGUGCCAAAAUCCACCUGGCCCAGCUGCACCAGACUGAAGAAUUCCUCAACCUGCCUCUCUGUUUGCUCUUGGACAUCCUCAAAGAUGGAGUUCCUAGUUCCCAGAAUCCAAAAGUGGCCAUUGAUUCAUGGAUAAACAACAACAAGGUGGAGAGAGAGGAGUUUUCAUGCAUCCUCCAAGAAAAUCUCAAGGAAAUCGGGGAGAAUGUCCACAUUUACCUGAUUGGUAAGGAGGAGGCGCGGACUCACUCGCUGGCCGUGUCGCUUCACUGUGACGAGGACGAUUCGAUCAGCGUGAGCGGCCAGAACAGUUUAUGCCAUCAGAUCACUGCGGCCUGUAAACACGCAGGUGACCUGUAUGUGGUGGGGGGGUCCAUCCCUCGCCGCAUGUGGAAGUGCAACAUGCACACCAUGGACUGGGAGCGCUGCGCCCCGCUGCCCAGAGACCGCCUGCACCACACCAUGGUCUCCGUCUCUACGGAGGACACUAUCUACUCACUGGGGGGAAAGACGCUGCAGGACACUCUCUCUAACGCCAUCAUCUUCUACACAGUGAAGGACAACAUGUGGACAGAGAGCAGCCAGCUGGACACCGCGGUGUCCGGGGCCGCCGGUGUGAACCUGGGAGGAACCAUCUACCUGCUCGGGGGGGAGGAGAACGACAUGGACUUUUUCACUAAGCCGUCUCGACUGAUUCAGUGCUUUGGCACCGACACACGGAAGUGCCACAUCAAACCUUACAUGCUGCCGUUCGCGGGCUGCAUGCACGCUGCGGUGCACAUGGACGUGAUCUUCAUCGUGGCAGAGGGAGACUCCCUGGUCUGCUACAACCCGCUGCUGGAGAGCUUCACCCGCCUGCGCUUCCCCGAGGUGUGGAGCUGCGUGCCUUCUCUGUGGAAGGUGGCCAGCUGUAACGGCUGCAUCUACGUAUUCCGGGACAAAUGUAAGAAAGGAGACGCAAACACGUUAAAGUUCAACCCGGCAACAUCCGUCGUCUCGGUUAUCAGAAGUUUAAAAAUCUUCCUCACAAACUGGCAGUUCGUCUUGGCCUAAACUCUCCUCUGGAAGUCAUACUGCGCUCCACACAUUCACCACAGACAAUCAGGGACAACUAACCAUGACUUCACUCUUCAGACAUCCGCUGUAACUCUAUUUACUCAGCUGGUUUCUGUGCCACUCAUUCCAUGUGUGUGUGCGUGCGUGCGUGCGUGCGUGCGUGCGUGCGUGUGUGUGUGUGUGUGUCACUCGCUUGUGUUGUUCCAGUGUGUCUCCUUGUGAAGUCAAACAAUGUGUAGUGAUGCUGUGACGGUGAAAUAAUAGACGUUGUGUCCUGUGCACUGCUCGUUUAUUGACACGCAUGAACAACUCCAUUGUAAAAACGUGACUGAACGUAAAACAUCCUUCAGUAUAUUGUGUGUGGUUAAACGUGUCAUGAUGUUGAAGGAUACAUAUCCUCAGAUGUCAUAUUUGAAGUCAAAUGUGCAUAAACCUGAUAAGAGGAUGUUUUCUAACUUUUACAUUUUUCACAGUUUCUUGUCUUGCGAUUGUAUUUUUUGAUGUUAAACUGUAACAGAAAUGUCAAAUAUAUGGCUGUAGUUGCAAGCUUUCAUUGUUUGUUCUGAUAUUUAUGUCCCUUAACCCUUUUUGCAUUAACUAUCUCUCACUAUUGAUACUUUGUUUAUUACCAGAGAUUUGGUAUCUUUACUUCCUGCAGUUAUACCGCAAGGGAUUUAGAAAGGGUGGGAUUUGUUGCUGUGCUUUGGUGCUUUGGUGCUUUGGUGCUUUGCCUCAACAAAGACGUAACUCCUAACAGUAUUUAUCUUUGGAUUGGCAAUGCAUCUUGUGAAUGGUGAGGUGUUAAAGGUGCCUGUUUUGUCCUUGGGGGAGAACAAGAGGAGUAGAAGGAGAGAAAGCCACUACAGAAAGGCCACAACUCUCCCAUUGAUGUGUUACAGGAGGCUGUGCAGCUGAAACCCAAGCCCAGUUACAUGUCAGACUUUG